UCGACUCGGCGCAGGAAGGUCGCCGGGGCGGUGAGGAGAGCGGCAGCAGCCCGGGGCCGCGGGCGGGCCUGUCUCUCUCUCCCCCGCGCCUCCUCUCGCCCAGCGCCCGGCGGAGGUGCGGCCUGCCGCGAGCCCCGCCGCUGAAGCGAGCCCUGGGUUGGGCCGACCGCCUGGGGACGCGGAGCCUGGCGGCCCGCGGCCCCCCUUCCUGGAGGGAUAUAGGAUCAGCUUCUUCGAAGAAUCAUGAAGUCACACUGUGUUGUGCUUCCUGUAGCGGCGCUGACACUCCUGUUGUGGCUCCCUGUAUCACAGAGCUGUAACAAAGCACUCUGUGCUAGUGAUGUGAGCAAAUGUCUCAUUCAGGAGCUAUGCCAGUGCCGGCCUGGAGAAGGAAAUUGUUCCUGCUGUAAAGAGUGUAUGCUGUGUCUGGGGGCACUUUGGGACGAGUGCUGUGAUUGUGUUGGUAUGUGUAAUCCUCGAAAUUACAGUGAUACUCCUCCCACUUCAAAGAGCACUGUAGAAGAACUGCAUGAGCCUAUCCCCUCCCUCUUCCGGGCACUCACAGAAGGAGACACCCAGUUGAAUUGGAACAUUGUUUCCUUCCCUGUUGCAGAAGAACUUUCACAUCAUGAGAACCUGGUUUCAUUUUUAGAAACUGUGAACCAGCCUCAUCACCAAAAUGUGUCUGUUCCUAGCAAUAAUGUUCAUGCACCUUACUCCAGUGACAAAGAGCACAUGUGUACCGUGGUCUAUUUUGAUGACUGCAUGUCCAUCCAUCAGUGUAAAAUAUCCUGUGAGUCCAUGGGAGCAUCCAAGUACCGCUGGUUUCACAACGCCUGCUGUGAGUGCAUCGGUCCCGAGUGCGUGGACUACGGUAGUAAGACCGUCAAGUGUAUGAACUGUAUGUUUUAAAGAAGAAAAAAAAUGUAAAUAGAAAGCAUCUUAGUCAGAAAGAACGGUGUACAUAUGAGAGUUCCUCAGAGAAUGACCCAUGGCAUCAGAAUGCCAACAGGUUAUGAAGAUGUCGAGAAUCUGGAAUGCAUUACCUUUAAAGUAUGGUAUGUCCAGGGAUGUCUUCAGUUAUAGGGUUAUAGCUGCUCUUGUUCAGUUUAUUCCCCACCAGUAACAUAGCUUCACCUUUGGACACAUGUAUAACUUCGGUCAUACGAGCAACAGGUACACAGAGAGUUCCUAAAAGAUCUGAGUUUUUAACAUAAAGCCUGAUUAUCUUUUCUUUGGUAUUCAAAAGCUUUCUGUCUUGAAAAUUAUAGCAUUAAACUGUUAACAUGAGCAAUGAUUUCCUCACCUGCUACUCAAUAUGUCAUUCUUCAUUGGUGCCUGGUAGUGUUUAUGUAUUUAUAAGUAUAGUAGAUAUUCAAAUAUAUUACUAUAACAGCUCACAUGAAAAAUUACCAUAAGAAUUUUAAUUUAAACAUCUUUACUUUGGUUUUAGAAAGUAAAAGCUUACUAUGUUUAUAAUUUUUUUUAAAUAUGUAGUAGAAUCUAUCCCAUAAUACAUAUGCUGACAGUGCCUUACUGAAAAUUUGUCAUUCUCUUCCAUUCCCUUCCUGAAGUGCUGAUAUAGAUAAUAGAGUCAUCUCUAUGAAUUUCAGGGUACGUACACUUUUAAAAUGACACUAAAUACAUGCGGGAUUAGGUGAAUAGCCAAGUGAAGCAUUUGUAUGAGCAAAGAUGUCAGCUUUGAGAGCACACUGGGGCUUUGGAAUGACUGCCAAAUUGGAGUCCACGUGGGUCCCAAGGGAAGAACCUGUAUUCCUAUAGGGAGCAGCAUAACUAAAGGCGAAGCCGUACUGGGAGAAGAAACUAGCCCAGCACUAACAAGUUAGUGUCUAGUUCAGUAGACACUGUGUCACCAGAGGGAAACUGAAGUUGUGUGUCUACAAGAGAGGGUAAAAAUGCAGGGAACUGUAAUGGGAACAACUUACAGCUAUUUAUGUUAAUUGCUUUGGUUAUUUUGUCAUUUUUCGUUUAUUAAAUUUCUAUCUGCAUUUGA